AUGGACUUUGUGUGGAACCGAUUCCAAGCGGCUUAUCCUCGCAAAGGGUUCACAGUGAUGGACGAAGGCGCGGGGAAGCUGUCGCAGCCGCUCAUGACCAGCACCAGCGAGGACGGGGAGAGCGACGACAACGGCACGGAGGAGCUGGACGGCCUUUUACCGCAUCAAGAAUUCCCUAAAAAGCGCUUUGACGAGGCCGCAGCGACACAGCGGAAGCGACGACGGCGUAAAGACGACGAGGAUCUGGGUGAAGUGGCUGCCGUUGUCUCUUUGAUUGAAGCACCGAGAUUGGUGCUGCGGUCUGUCAGCAAAGCCACGGUGUCGCUCUCGACCGCGUGGAGUCUCUUACGGCCACCACGCCGUCGCAGCUCGAGAUCCAGGAGCUUCUUGCCGACUUCAGUGUCGACACGACCGCCGGCAUUUGUCAAGGACAUGGACGAGGCAUCGGAGCGUGCACUGGCGGUACUGGCCGUCGUCACACUGGGGUCCUGCUGUCUGCUGCUGCUUUUGGUGUACAUCCAGUCGAUGUAG